GAUUUAAAUAUACGAUCAAAGCAUAUUCAUACCAAAUAGUUUUAACAGAACCAUACCUGGAUCAUUGAAGGCUAAAAGAAAACUAACUCAUCUGAGGUGAAAAGAGAAUGCCAAUUGCAGUUUCAGAGAACAGUUGAUGCUUAUACACAGCUAAUAGUUCUCAAGUAUUCAAAAGAUGGCUAGUCGUCGACGGGGGUGCUUGGUGUAGGUUUGAGUUUCGGCCUGGUGGGGAAGGUCUUGGAAACUGAUUCUGCCAUCGUUGGUGGUGGAAGGAGUUGCAAAUAGAGGGUUUUGGGAGUUCGGUUUUUGGAAAUUUGCGUUCGCGCAUUGAUGCAUUAAAGGCGUCGUAUAUCCACUGUUUCCAAUUUAUGACCAGCUUUCGCAACCCUAAAAAAAAAAUUUGAUAAAGAAAGCAGCGGGUUUGCGAACAUCUGUGGAUAUAAAUUGCGCUCGACUAUCUCAGGUGAUACUGAUUUGUUUAAAUUCCGUUCAAUUUUUGCAGUGGGUCGGCUCUUGAUCUUCGAGCAUGAGGCAAGAUAGGGAAGAAUCAUUACAUAGCAAUGAACUGGUUAGAAGAAUGCAGUUCUUGAAGGAUAUAGUGCCUGCAGCUCAAAACAACAUAAAUACAAAGUUCAUACUGUUGGACAAAGGAAGGAUAACAAUGGAAGGCCAAAAUAAGACAUGCUUGGCACUUGUGGCUGAUGAGACAGCUGCUGUUCACUUCCAACUAUGGGGUGAUGAGUGUGACUACUUUGAAUCCGGCGACAUUAUUCAUUUGAUCGAUGGCAUCUUCUCUUACAAUCGUAGCAGUAGUCUCGUUCUGAGAGCAGGAAGGAGAGGGAAAAUAGAGAAAGUAGGAGAAUUCACCAUGGUAUUUGUGGAGACACCUAACAUGAGUGAGAUCCGCUGGGUUCCUGAUCCCAACAAUCCCAAGAUUUAUGUCCAAGAGUCUAUCAUUGCUCCACAUUCGCGGAUGUUCACUCCAAUGCUUUGAUUGCUGGUGUCUUUAGGUUUGAUUGAAUUGCUAUGUCAUUGAAAUUUAAGUGUGAAGUUUAUGGAUAUUAUACUUGUUAGAGGUUGUUGCAAUUUGAUUGUAUGCAUUCAUCUAUGCAUGAUAUUGUAGGUUUUCCCUAACUGACGUUGAUGAUUAUAGUGGUUCGGUUUAUUUCA